AUGCAGGCAGAAGAUGACGAAACGGAGGAGGCAGCGGUUUUGAUUGAUAUUGCAAUGCUCAUCAUGAUGACGGCUGAAGACGAGCAAAGAGCACAAGAACAAGAUGAUGUUUCUGCCUUGACGGAGUUUUCGUUGCCACUCAACGAUAUUCGAGUACCCGGGCGGAAUGAUGUCAUCUUCCGACCCGAUCUCUACACAAUCGAUCGCCAUAGCCGUCAUAGUGGAAACCGACGGUUCAGCAGACUGAUAGUGGACCACAAGGACCUCUACCGAUCAAACAGAAAAAAGGAAGACCGAGAGCUUGUAUUGACAGAGGUUGUGCGUAUAUGGAGAAGUCUAGACCCUCCCGGACGAUUCUUGGCACAGACAGAAUCCACACAAUCAGCACAACAGGACACAUUGCCUUUGGUAGGAACUGUCUAUCAUGAUAUUGGUGACGAAGAUGCCAGGGAACGUACGGCAAAGCUACUGAAGGGAAAUUAUGGCAGACUAGCAAACAACAAGCAUCGAGACGACAAUACUGCUUCUACUGCGAAUAGUUCCACAUGGCUGUCGUCACGAGCAGGAGGAUCAGCAGAGUCUUCGGCUGAACAAGCUGCAGUUUCUACAAGACUUGGCAGGAAGACCGACUGCUUUGGAGGUUCUAUUCGAGGAUGUAUAAUGGGAUUCUUCGCCAAGAGGGCUGAUAAAGAAGGUAUCCUAAACCAAUAUCUGCCAUGA